AUGGUUCUAACGAUCGAUGAUAUAGUAACACAUUUUGUACUGUCAAGUCAUCCUCGAAACCGCGCCAUAGUUGAUAUUAAAGAGAAAAAGACAAACAAGUUACGGUACAUCAAGAUCAGACACAGACUCUCCAUUUAUGCCGUGAGCCUCGUUAGUCCAAUCACAUUUGAUGUGAUGGCUGAAGUUCAAGCCAAGAACGCCUUGACAAAAUCCAAGCUUAUCAUUUUGCAUUUCGAAACAAAACCGGAUGUUCAAGUAGAGUUGCGCGAGACGUCAAGGGUCGGUUUUGAAUGGACAUUUAUUUGGGAAGGAGAGAAAUAUAGAUGGGUUCGAGAAAGUCGUAUGAGUAAUAAUCUUGAAUGUAGAGCAGUAAGAAAGACAGGGGACAUAUGUGUUGCUCAGUACCUUCCUCGUGUGCUAAAGGAUGAAUACUUUGGUAUCAUUUCUUUACUUGGAUAUAAUAUGCUUCGUUGUGAACUAAGUCAAUCCAAGGAGCUAGAGCUCCUCUUAUUUAUCUCGCUUAUUACCUUACUUGAUAAAUCCGACGAUGCAAGCUGGAAAAGAGAUUCGAUUAGCAAAGGAAUCCCUCAAGAGGAUAUGCCGCGGACUCCAGUGUCGGAGCGAGUACAGCAAAAGAAACAAAAGAUGGAACGCACCAAUGAGCAAAAGUUGCAGUUCAUGCUAGAUAAAGAAGUGCGUCGAUCCCAAAAGCAGAUACAGGCUGACCAAAAGAGAUAUCCAGCAAGUGCUGGGAAUAGUCCUGCUCAUACACCCAAGACAUCGCCUAUGCCGACUCCUACUGCUUCAUCUAAUUCACUCAAAUUGGCCAAAAGGAGAUCGGUUGCUCAAUCUAGUAACAAUAGCCCACUCAUUACGCCAACAAAUAGUACGAAUGGCAGUGGUACAAAAAGACUGUCAAAGUUAUUUAGCAGUUUAGCAAGCCUGAAACAACAACAGCAACCGCAGCAGCCUAGCACAGACCAUAAUAGAAUGUCAGUAGCAUUUCCUGUUAUUGAUCAAUUGAGAAAAGACACCUAUGAUCACCAACACACAUUCCCUUAUUACUCGCAUAGUCUGUACGGAAAUCGCACCAGAAGUGAAUUGAUGUCGCAUUGGCCAAAGAGUGAAGAGUCGUAA